CUGUGAGUUAUGCUUCAGCUAUUGCAUCUGCUGCUGUAAACAGGAGAGUCGGCUAUCUGCAAGGUGCAGUGUAUGUAGAAGGACCCAUCCUCUUGACUUGUGGCCUCCAUCGCCCAUUCUCAUAUUCAACCAAAUUGGAUGUAAGACAAUGACGUUUGAAGUUAUUGUUGUUGACUUCUCCAAAAUAAGAGGACUUUGGGAAACUCGGGUUAAGAAGUAUAAAGAAAGAUGCAAAAAGGAGAAGGAAAGGCUACAAAUGAGUGCGUUGCAAAAAAUUAAACAAGAAUGGAACUUUAUUUUGGAAUGCAGAAAUAAAGGAAUACCCCAGUCUGAAUACAUAAAAGAUGGGUUUGUAGACACCAGGCUUGAGCUAUUGGAUGCCUAUCAGAAGAGUUCUUCCAUUUUAAAACAGAGUCCUUACAAAGAAAAAGAACCUGAAACAAACAAAUAUGUUUUUAGCCUUUAUGGAGCAGAGUGGCUGGAGCUGCCUGAUUACCUGAGAGAACAGACAUACCUGAAAGAAUGGCAUAUUAAUAAAACCCUCAUACAUACCAUUCCAGACUAUAUUCAGUCCUUUGAAGAUAUGACAGUUUUGGAUAUAUCGCAGAAUAAAAUUACAUGUCUUCCUGCUGAAAUAGGAUGUCUGAGAAAUUUGAGAGAACUCAGUGUUAGCUUCAAUAAUCUAAAACACAUACCACCUGAGCUGGGAGAUUGUGAAAACCUUGAGAAAUUGGAUGUGUCUGGAAAUUUAGAACUCACGGAAUUGCCUUUUGAGCUGAGCAAUUUGAAAAAGGUCACUUUUGUCGAUUUGUCAGCAAACAAAUUCUCUUCUAUUCCAAUUUGUGUCUUACGGAUGUCAAGUUUACAAUGGUUGGACAUCAGCAGUAACAACUUAAAGGAUCUUCCACAAGACAUAGACAGAUUAGAAGAACUUGAGACCUUGUUGAUGCAUAAAAACAUAAUUACCUACUUGCCAUCUGCACUUACCAAUCUUUCUCAUCUGAAAUUAUUAGUUGUCAGCGGUGACAAGUUGGUGGAAAUACCCUCUGCACUUAUAGAAAACCCCUCUCUGAAAUAUGUCAAGCUACUUGAUAAUCCCAUUGAAGGAAAUGAAAGCUUGGAUUCUGAAAAUGAAGAAGAAAAUAAUCAAGAUCGUGAACAGUUUGAGAAAGAAUUCAUGAAAUCCUACAUUAAAGAUCUUGUUGAAAGAGAUUCUACACCCAGAUAUACCACAAAAGUGUCGUUUAAUGUGCAGAUUUAGAAGAUGCAAGACCAAAAAACAGCUGUGCGUUGGCAAUUUCUCUCUGAAACCCAUUAAAACUGUCUUUUAAGGUUAAUUUGUGUUGUAAUUAUAACAUUGUUAUUACUAACAUAUUAUGUCUUAAAUUUGAAAAAAAAGGGUGACUGCUGUAGUUGUGUAAUUAACAAACACCAGAAGUGUCUAGCAAAAAUAUCAUCUACUUGCCUGAUAUUCAGAUAUACAGAUAUAAGAUCAGUCAUUUUAAUGGCUUAGGGCUAUAAAACAUGAGGCUUCAGAAACAUUUGUGAUAAAAUAAAAAAGCUCUCCAAAUGAAAAAUAUAAAAUGAGUACUUUCCAUAAUUAAUUUCUGUACAUACUUAUCUAAAUGUUAUUACAAACUAAUUUCCUACUGGCAAGAGUCUGGGGAGUGGUCGCACUGGAGAGUAAAUUUAGCUGUUCCUCUUUCUAAGGAACUGGCAUGGGGGAACAAGGAAAUAGCUAGUGAAUUUAAUAUAUCGUAAAAUGCUGGAACUACAGGGAAUGAUUUUGGUUCACUUUUAACAAGCCUAUUGCUUGGGGAAAUAGAUUUAUUGGUAACCGAAUUGUAGUCAAUUCCAUGAGCAUUAGGGACAGCUACAGCAGUGUUGACACUGAUGUCAUGAAUUCCUUUAAUCUAGGAUUCAUCAAAUGAUGAUUCAUAUUAGAUCCCUUGACUUUCAAAUAUAGUCUAAGUUAUUUUUAAGAGGGAGUCCGACUCCCAGCACACCCACUGAUCUGCUGUUUGUACAGGCUGCAGUGCUCCAGUGAGCAUUACGGCCUCUUCCUAGCCCAAUGAUGUCACAUUCCUCAGUAACAUGGCCUAUGUGCAGCUCAGUGUCAUUCAGCUGUUCUGGCCUAGGCUGCAAUACGAAGGACAGUCGUUAUACAGUAUUGAUAAAAAAAAUAAUGGCUUCACACACAUAUAAGCAGUAAAGCUGAG